AUGGCUAAAAAAUCCUCUGAUCAUGAUGAUGAUGGAUCACAACAUAAUCAACGUUUUUUCGACGUUGCUGAAGAAACUUGUGAAAUGUUAUUACCCAUCCAAGGUUAUGAAAAAAAGCCUCUUGUGUCACUCGAAGACGCAGUUGAACCAUUAGUUCAAUUCGUGCCCGAUGUCAAGCGAAUGGCAUACGUAGCCAAAGAGAAAUGUCGCAAUCCGCCUGCUGAUCAUCUUUCAAAAGAUGAAUCAGCUUCAAUCAUACUUUAUUCGCUGCAAUGGUAUCCAUACGAAAAGAGCUUUUAUUAUGUCUUAAACAAAACUCUUCGUGCUGAAGAUCGGAAAAGUUUAGUCCCAUGGUUUCUUUACUUAAAACUGGUUCUUACGGCUUUAUCAAAACUUCCAUCAUUACAACGUACUGUUUUUCGUGGAGUCAAUGGUGAUAUGCGCAAAUAUUAUAAAAAAGGAGAAACAGUUAUUUGGUGGGGAUUCAGUUCCUGUACAGCAACUAUGGAUGUUUUGGAAAAUGAACAGUUCUUACGUUUGACAGGCACAAGAACUUUUUUUACCAUUGAAUGCAUCAAUGGUAAAGAUAUUCAACAACAUUCAUUAUUUAAAACUGAAGAUGAAGUUCUUCUUCCACCUGGUCGACAAUUUAAAGUUGUUUCAAGUCUUAAUCCAUCAAGUGGUCUUUACAUGAUACACCUUAAAGAAAUUGAACCACCAUAUCCUCUUCUUGAACCUGUAUCAAAAGAUGUUCCAAAAAUAUCAACAACUGCUACAGCCAAUCCGUCACCAAUUAUUGCGCCGAAGGACAGGUAG